CAAGGAUAUGGACAACCGGCAUAUGGCGGUCAAAUGCCACAAGGCCAACUUGAAAUCGGUCACGGGCCUUAUCCUUCGAUUGGAGCAGGUGGUACUAUAGCACCACAAGUACAACAAUGGUUUCGAGCAGUGGAUAAAGAUCAAUCUGGAUUUAUUACAGCACUUGAACUAAGGACGGCGCUGGUCAACGCCGAAGGGCAACAUUUUUCAGAAAUGGCGUGUAACUUAAUGAUCGGAAUGUUUGACAAAGACCGCUCCGGACAUAUUAAUCUUGAAGAAUUCGAUAAACUUUAUACGUACAUUAACCAAUGGCUUGCUGUAUUCAAAACUUACGACACUGAUCAAUCUGGAGCUAUUGAAGAGGAAGAAUUGACCAAAGCACUAUCACAAAUGGGGUUCAGAUUUUCGCCUGAAUUUAUUAGUUUCUUGGCAAAAAGAGGCGAUCCAAGGGGAGGAAAGAUUUCUGUUGAUAAUUUUAUUGUCAUGUGUGUUCAAAUACAACGGUUUACCGAAGCAUUCAGAGUACGCGAUACACAGCAAAAUGGCACUGUGACCAUUGGAUUUGAAGAUUUUCUAAAUAUCGCACUUAGUUGCUCUAUUUAAAAGUAUGCUGUAUACCUGAAAGACUUUAAAUUGCCGAUAAUUACGAAAUAAAAGAUGCAAUUUUUUUCUGUCAUCUACCCACCUGCCCUUAUAGAAUUGCGCUACGUAUAUGUAAAAUAAAAUUCGCGUUAUAUUUCUAUCAAAUAUAAUUUUUAUAUGUUAUGUAAGGGUAACCUUUAGCCGUAAUGGAACUUGUGUUUAUUUAAUAUAGUCUAGGUUAGAUAAAAAGCAUUAGAUCUAAAAAAAAAUAACGCAGGUUUCUAUGUAAGAAAUUAUUUUAAAUCUAUUGUACUAUGUUACAGAAUGUUAAUCUUCAAAGAUUUAAAUUCCUAUUAAAAUUUAUAUUAUUUAUGGUGUAAAAAAGUUAACACCUUUGCGGUCAAAAUACGAUUUUUGAAAAGAAUGACGGCACCGAUGCCUAUCUAUGCAAAAUGGCCCGGCAUUCAAGUGUCACUAGUGAUCAAGCGAAAUAAAAUCUAAAGAAACAUUUUCGUUUUUUUCGUGAAAGAAGCAAUUUGUUUCAUUUAGAAUUUUUAACCCUAUCCUGGACCUUCUCAAUUAUCGCCAGCAGUACAGUAGAUACCUAGCGCUGCACAGCCAUGCCCCAUGUAUGCUCUUGCAUCGACGAUACAGCGUAGGCUCGGUUAGUAAUAUUUUGACAUUCAGGGCUAAACGGGCAAUCGAACAUUGCCUCUUCCUUUUACCCUCCGCCCAUCGUAAGGACUACUUCCUUCCUCUACCCUUCCUUUUCAAUAUCCCUUUUUCCCAUCCCCAUUCCUUUUCUUGGUCCCUUGAAGUAGUUAUCAUGCAGAAGAACUUAGCAGCUCUUUAUUAUCCGACUACGGCAAAGCAAGGGAGGGUAAUGAUUUUAUUACCCUAUGUAUGUAUCCAUAUUAUUAUUUUUUUAUAUUAUAUAUAAUAUCGUAUAUGUAUCAUAAUGUUACUUCAAUAUUAAGUUUAGGACGUUGUACACGGGUCUAAUAACUAUGUUCAAAAUGCAGAAUUUUAUUACAUAUAAUAUUAAGUAGCUUAAUUAACAUUGGGUGUGAUAUAAUAUUAUUAUUGUGGUAAAUAAAAAAUGCUAAAAUACAACAUUACAGCCGGCAUAA